UCACAUGACGGGAAGAAAUUCAUCUGCAGGUUCACAACAAAAAGUGAAAUUCCCGUGUAACACAGCAGCCUGAGCUUCCUGGUUGCGCCACGGUGUGUGUGAACCCAGAGGAGUUGAAUGUUUGACUAACCUGUUGUAAUAAUGUUAUUCUCAAUUCUCGUUGCCGUUGCUCUUGUUUCUCAAACGGCGGCUCGGUUCACCGCGGACUGGACGAGCUUGGACGCCAGACCGCUUCCUUCAUGGUACGACGAGGCCAAACUGGGGAUUUUUAUCCACUGGGGUGUGUUUUCUGUUCCUGGCUUCGACAGCGAGUGGUUUUGGUGGCACUGGCAGGGCCAGAAGCCUCCGGACCAGAAGUGCGUGAGCUACAUGUCCAAGAAUUACCCGCCUGGCUUCAGCUACCCGGAGUUCGCGCCUCAGUUUCACGCUCAGUUCUUCAACCCUGGAGACUGGGCGGACAUAUUCAAGGCCUCAGGUGCAAAGUAUGUCGUCCUAACUGCCAAACACCACGAGGGAUUUACGAACUGGGGGUCCCCGAACUCCUGGAACUGGAAUUCUGUUGAUACCGGUCCUCACAGGGACCUAGUGGGAGACCUGGCAGAGGCAGUGCGCAACAGGUCAUUGCACUAUGGACUCUACAACUCCUUGUAUGAGUGGUUCCACCCUCUCUACCUGGCUGACAAGAAGAAUGGAUUCAAAACACAGGACUUUGUGAUGCAUAAACUACUACCAGAGCUUUAUAACAUGGUUGUAAGGUACAGGCCUGAGGUGAUAUGGUCUGAUGGGGACUGGGAAGCACCUGACACCUACUGGAACUCCACCCAGUUCCUGGCCUGGCUCUACAAUGACAGCCCUGUUAAAGAUACCAUUGUGACCAAUGACAGAUGGGGAGCUGGCUGUGCCUGUAAACAUGGUGGCUACUAUAACUGCGAAGACAAAUAUACUCCAGGCCAGCUGCCAAAGCACAAGUGGGAGAAGUGCACAUCUGUGGACACAUUUUCCUGGGGUUACCGGAGGAACAUGAAAAUGAGUGAACUGAUGGACUUACCCACCAUAAUAAAGGAUCUGGUUCGCACUGUGGCUCUGGGAGGUAACUACCUUCUGAAUGUGGGUCCCACACCUGAUGGGAUGAUCCCCGCUGUGUUUGAGGAGAGGCUCAGGGGUGUUGGAGCCUGGCUCGCGAUCAAUGGGGAAGCCAUCUAUGCUUCUAAACCCUGGAGGGUCCAGACAGAGAACACCACUGUGCCAAUCUGGUAUACAUCUAAAGGGACUUCUGUUUAUGCCAUCUUGACAACCAAACCUUCCAAGCCCACAGUGCAGCUGCUGGAACCCAAAACAUCAGCGGCCACCAAGGUGACCCUAUUGGGGAAUCCAAAGCCCUUACCCUGGUCCCCAGUCGUGCCCAGCUAUGGCCUUGUUGUCCUCCUGCCCGAGCUGCCCUACACCCCUGGUCAGGCCUGGAUACUGAAACUGGACGGAAUCCAGUGAGCCUUAAACACCUGAAGUGUCCAACCUAAUAAACUCAGGUUCAUUCUGUGUGAAAAGGGGAAGCUUAUGCACUACGGUUGAAGAGACCACGCUGACUUAAUAGAUUUGUAUUUUUGCAAAAAAUGAACAGCACACUCCUCUUCAGUGAUUCAUUUGUUGCUGUGAGUUUUAAUGUGUCAGUGCCUCUUGAUUAUGCUCUUUUCUUUUAAUGAGUGAAUGAUUCAAAAUGAAAAGUGGAAUCUGCUGUUCAGCUUGUGAGGCAGCUUUUCAGCUGUCUGUAAUUUUUGUUUCUGAAAUGAAUCAUUUAUCGGCUGUUUUUUUUUUUUUGAAGAUGAACAGUUUAACUACAAAGCACUUUUUUAUUUUUUUACUGUAUACUUUUAAAAUGGUGGGAUUAAACAUUAUUUGAUUUUUCUGAUGAGUGACUGUUGUCAGAAAUAUGAAAACAAUAAAGAUAUAUUAAAAAACUGUUA